UGUAUACAGAAACCGAAAAUGGCGCGUGAAAGAAAUAAGCGACAAGUGGAGGUAGCGACACAAGAAGAAGACGAUGAAGCUGACGGCGAGGAGUACAACAGCAUGCAGUACUUGCAAUUUGAUCAAAAUAGAAGCGAGAGGUUGCGAGUUCGUCAUGACUACCGGGUCCUUAUCGAAGACAUUCAAAAGAAUACACAUGAUAUGAUAAAUCCAGAAUCUAAGAGAUUACAAGAGGUUUUGGAUGAGGCAAACUCCCUCAAUAAAGAAGUGCGAAUGCCUAGAGAAGGAGCGUUAGACUCCCAAGCAGUCCUCCUCAUAUCAAACCUGAGCAGACAGAAAGCUGAAGCCCUGCAUACAGACUUCGUCAAAUUUGAGCCGAUUGAGUUCGCAGAGAAGUUGAUAACGUUUGUAGAUGGUGGAGCAGACAGACAGAUGACACCACAGAAUUGGGUGAUGCUUGGAUCAGCUGUCCAGAAAUUCUUCAAGAAGUCCCCAGCUUUCCACUUCAUGGGAGGAUCUUUUGAACGACUAGCUGUGCCGAAAAUGGGCAACAAACGACCCCCGAAGUUAAAAGAAAAGGAUAACUUACAGGAGAAGGCAACAGUUCCCAAACAGUUGAACAAUUUUGGGGAAGGAGGAAGGAACGAGGGUACGACACAGGAAGUGGAGAGGGUGUUUGGACUUCUGAAAAAGUACUACAAGAACACCAACAAUCAGCCUAUUUGCUACUUUGAGUUUGUGCUAAACCCAGAUUCCUUCGGUCAGACUGUUGAAAAUGUCUUCUAUGCUUCAUUCCUUGUCAGGGACGGCCAUGCUCGUAUUUAUCUGGACGAUGAUCGGCUUCCAUUGAUAGAGCCAAUCAGUGAUGAGGAGAGAAAUGCAGAGACAUUUGACAAGAUGUCCAAACAUCAAGCCAUCUUGUCCAUCACACCAGCAGAGUGGAAGGAACUUGUGGAGGUAUAUAAAGUUGAGAUCCCUCUAAUUCCAACCCGAGACCAGACAACCGUGACCAACUCGAGAACAGUGAUGAGCGAGUCCACAUCUAAUGUGGCUAAUUCCUCCACCCCCAACACGUCCAGGAACAGUCGUGGUAAUAGUUGAGGCACACCAGCAACACAGAGCUGAUACAGAACAGAUGAGGCGUGAUUAGCUGCUCCUCAUCUCGGUAUGUGACCAGAGGAAAGCGGAGAGAAGAUUGACGUCCUGUCUUUUUACGUGUUGAUUCAGGACUCAGUGAUCAUAUGUGACGCAAGUAUCAACACGUUUUUGACAAAUAUUGUCUGUUCCGGUGACGAACAAUUGACUCAGUGUUUUGAUCAAGAGGUGACCUUGACUUGGGGUGUCGAUUCAGAAAUGACUCCUCACAUUUCCUGUGAUAUUGAGUUAUGAGGAAAUAGGUCGUGUUUUAAUAAAACGUUCCAGAACAUUACUACUGAAUGUGAUGUUGGCCCAGAGUAGUCUAACUUUACAGUGUCUCUCAAAAUCAAAGACGAUCGACAAUCAUCUGGAGUAGGCACGUUCACUCCAUUUACCCCUGAUAUUGUUACCAUACAUUUAUUUAUAUCAUAAAUGACACGAGUUUAAACACCUUAAGGGCAUCAACAUUUUAUUUAAUACAGAAGACAGAAAAUUUCAAAUUAUAUUUUUCGAAGAUAAUAAAGGAUUUAUGAAAAGUUCAUAUUCCUUCAGUUUAAUUUGAUAAAGGUAUGUUUAUUCCUUUCACUACAUUCAACGAAUACUUCUCAAUUUUACUGAGUUAAGUAUAAAUGUUGUUUUUUUCCAUAUAUUUCCUUCAUUUAGAUACAAUAAUGCAUCAGAAGUAUUUUGAGUAGGUCAGAUUGACAUUGGAUGGGUGUAUAUUGUUCCGCCUUAUGGAACUCUUGUUGAAAUGAUAACCUAGGGUUAUCUUUCAGAGUACAUUUACCUGUACGACUCUAAUGAUCAGUGCAUUGUUAGCUUUCUCAUGUUUCUUUUUUAAAUUUCCACCCUGCAACUGCAUGGACCUGUUGUACCCGAGGAAUCCCGUUUUUCAACACUAUACGAUGACAAUACCAUCAGAAUAAGAGCUAUGACGGUUGCUCUGUAGGAUCUGGUACACAGGUGAUCUGACUGGUGAGCUGUCAUUAUUUUAAAUGUUUAAUAAUUUUAUCAUAUCAGAUACAAAACUGCAAUGAAAUCAAUUUGACAGAAUCAUAGCAUAUAGUUUAAGUUACAAAUGCAACAUACACUAAUGUCGUUUGAUAUAGGAGGUUGUGUAGUAUUUUAUAAAAAAAUAAAUUUGAAAGAGUCUUUGUUAUUAUGUAAAAUCCUGUUUGUUGUUUGUGUACAACGCUAUGACUGUUAUGUAAAUGUUUUCAGAUUAUUUCUUGGUAAUGGUAUAAAGGGUUAAAAUGCCUAAAUUAACUUUUUGAACAAAUCUGGAAAAAAAUCCAGUAAAGUAGGUUAAAAUUUGUUCUUAAACCCUAAUAAAGUAUAUUUAGUUCCUUGCUUUUAAACAUCUUUUUCUCAAUAGCCAAAAGGCCUAUGGUGAUGGUAUUUGACAAUCUUUGAUGAAGGGCUACAAAGUAUGCUUAAAUGAUCGACCUUGACAAAUUUUCAAGGUCACUCGGACCAAAUUAAAAAGAAUUAUCUUCAAACAACUUCUUCUAAAUAACCAGAAGGCCCAGGAUGAUGAUAUUAGGCCAUUAAGUCUAUUUAGAAGAUGAAGCAACUUAAAGCAGCUUAUAUGGCUUACAGUUGCUUCUUCCUAUCAAGUUUUAUAUAUGCUUUUUAGUCCAUCUAGUAUAACAUCUGUGCUAGUAUAAUUCCUUUCUAGCAAAAUUAAUUAAGUAUUGGCUAAUGUAAAGGUUACCAUUAUAAAUCCCGCCCCGCAGUUCAGUUUUUAUUUUUAUUUCUAGUUUCAAACAUUCAAGUUUUGAACAACUAUAAUUAUGUCAAAUGAAUGCAUGGCAUCAUAUGAUUUUUAUGAAAUAUUUGUUUUGAAAACGUUCAUAAUCAAAUAUAUUGUUGUACCCUUUACGUUAACCCUUU